CGGGCUGCGGGCGAGGGGACGCGAGGGAAGGAGCCGGAGCGGAGCCGGAGCGGAGCCGCCGGGACCCCGCCGCCCGCCAUGCCGUCGGAGAAGACCUUCAAGCAGCGCCGGACCUUCGAGCAGCGCGUGGAGGACGUCCGGCUCAUCCGGGAGCAGCACCCCACCAAGAUCCCGGUGAUCAUAGAACGCUACAAGGGUGAGAAGCAGCUUCCUGUGCUGGAUAAGACCAAGUUCCUUGUACCCGAUCACGUGAACAUGAGCGAGCUCAUCAAAAUCAUCAGGAGGCGCCUGCAGCUCAACGCCAACCAGGCCUUCUUCCUGCUGGUGAACGGGCACAGCAUGGUGAGCGUCUCCACGCCCAUCUCCGAGGUGUACGAGAGCGAGAAGGACGGCGACGGCUUCCUGUACAUGGUGUACGCCUCCCAGGAGACGUUCGGGGCGAGGCCGCCGCGCGGCGUCUAGUCCUUACGAGGGAGGGGACGUGCACCCGAUCAGUCCAUUCACCCAGCGCUCGCCGGGGAGGUGUAGGAAGUUGUUGUCUUUCCAGCAGAAAAACCGCUCCAAGGGAGUGCAUUCAGCUUGGAAACCUGAUUUAACCCAGGCUGUUUUGUUUUCAAAUUUCAGGAGUUUAAAAAUAAAAUACUUCGCAUUCUGAGUCGCCAGUAAAAUAGGCCCCACGUCUGUCAGUGCUCUUCUGUCCCGCGUCCCAGCGCAGCCAGGCGGGCAGUCCUCGCCCGGGCCCGCGCACCGCUGUCCUCGCUGUUAGAAGGGGCUCUGCCCAGCCGGAGCCGUCUCCCUCGGGACCCCGUGGGCGUACCUGUAACAACCCAAAGCCACACUGGCUGUGACAGCGGGCGCAAAGCGGGGUCAAGACGUGCGCGAAGGCGGCUCUGGUCCCCGACAGCCGCACACCACAGCCCUGGCUUCCGCAGGGGCACAGUUCUUGCUGCCCUGAGGAGCUGCACACAGACGCUGCUCGGUGGGCCCUGGGAGGGUUUUUCGUUUUGGUCCAGUUUCUUAGAAGGCCCCGAGACAAACAGUGACAUUGCUUCUGUUCUGAAUUUUUCAAAGAAUCUAAACUCAUGCCUGCUUUGGUCAUUUUUUUGGGACAGUGCUAGAGUCCACAGAUUCCUGAAACUAAAAGCAUUCAAAUUCAGAUGCGCCCCCUCCCGACUUUUUGGCUUAAAGCUGUGCGUGAUCUGUGGUUUGUGUGUUGUUGUUCAAUGUGUAACGAGGAGGCUCACGUUUUAAGAGUAGUUCAGUGGCGCCAGACCACCACCAGGAUUCUCCCUCUGUGCGUGUCCACGUCAAGGGAAGACCAGCGGAAGGGAACGUGGGACUGCAGUGCUCCUGCCACCUGCAUGGGUCCACGUCUGCCACUGCCUCCUGUGCCGGCGCGCGUCGGAGGAGCGCGGCAGCGUCACCGCGUCUGGCCCGGGACGGACCCUCGGAGGGGCUGCCGGCGCCGCCUCCCACUGCAUGCCCGUCCACACGGCCGACUUCCACGUGUGUGUUCACAUGAUGUAAAUUCUUGCCCGUGUGUCCUGUAAGCGUGUAUGCCAUUGUACCAUUCCUGUAACCACUGUGUGAGCACUAGGAGUCCUGCAAGAAGCUGCUUGCUGAGGGGUGGCCUGCGCCCCCAGUAGCGGGCGGGCACUUCCCUCGCUGCAUUUUCACCAAGUGAGGUGAAUAAAGGCACAGUAAGAACGA